CAUGAUGACGUCAAGGAACACUGUGAGAACCCCCCCCCCUUACAUUCUAUGUAGACAUAUUUCAACACUUCAAAGCUAUAUCUAUGUACAUACAUACCUAUGUACAUGCAGGCAAUAUUAUAUAUUGUAUCCUUGUUACAACUUCCUUCCCCAUAAACAUCUCUCAUAUAAACCACUAGAAUGAGCUCUCCGAAUAGAACGCCGACCUUUGGUCCGGGUGAUUAUGUCAAGUUCUUCGCUAGUGGCGCUCUUGCAGCGACCUUAACUCACGGUGGUGCAACUCCUAUCGAUGUCGUUAAGACCCGGAUCCAGGUAGACGACUCGUUAAAGGGCCUUAACAUGGUCCGCGCUGCUCGGCGAAUAGUAUCCAAAGAAGGCGCCUCAGCUCUGCUAACCGGGUUCGGCCCUACAGCCGUUGGAUACCUCGUCCAAGGCGGUGGCAAAUUUGCUGGAUACGAAUUCUUCAAGAAGAAAUUCAUUGACUUCACGGGCUCCCAGGAAAAGGCUACACAACGUCGUACGGCCAUCUACCUAGGCGCUAGUGCCACGGCAGAAUUCUUCGCCGACAUUGCUUUGUGCCCACUCGAGGCAACGCGCAUUCGCUUAGUCUCUCAGCGCGGGUUCGCCUCGGGUCUAUCGACAGGUUUCAUGCGUCUCGCUAGGGAAGAGGGUUUACGGGGAUUCUACUCAGGUUUCGUGCCCCUGCUCUUCAAGCAGGUGCCGUACGCGGUGGGACAAUUUUCUGUACACGAAGCUGCUGUCGAAGUUAUAUAUCGCUACAUGGGUCCCGAGAGGAAGGCAAAACUAACACCACUGCAAUCCACUGGUGUGGAGUUGGGUUCUGGUGUCAUUGCCGGCGUAGCUGCUGCAGUCCUUUCCCAUCCGGCUGAUACCCUCUUGUCAGCAAUAAACAAGGGAGCAGGAGACCCAAAGCAAAGCACAUCGAGUAGAAUGUUUUCUCUUGCGCGGGAGUUUGGUCCUAGGAGACUGCUGUUGACGGGCUUAGGUCCACGUAUCGUGAUGACGUGCGGUCUGGUCGCUGGCCAAUUCGUCAUUUAUGCGCAUUGCAAGACCCUUGUCGGUGCGCCGCCAUCCAUAGAGAUCCAUAAGGAGGAGUCGCUAAAUUAGGGUGAUCACAACAGCGCCACCUUUGUGAUAGAUUUAUAAACGCAUCCAUAGCUUAGACUAGUAGUUUAGAUU